AUGAGUGGAAGAUCAAUUAAGUGUUCAUAAAGUAGUUUAAGAAAAAACAAAACAGAACCUGAUAAAUUGAGUAGAUUUCAUUCUAGUGAUAUGAGAGGUACUUUGAAUGUUUUUAUUUAGGACCAUUUAAGUAUGAACCCUUAUAAAAUAUUUCUCAUCCUAUACAACCUGAUGAUGAUGUAUCUGUUAGAGAUCCAACUUUAAGGACUGUAGAUAAAUCAAGACUAUCACAAAUCUAAUCUUAAAAUAACUCUAAUCAAAUGAUUAGUCUACAAUCAAAGACUCCAUUUAGUGAAUAAGAUGAAAGUCCUUUUAUGUUGACAUUUCCAUAAAGAUAACAAGAAACCACAAGAAAAAGAAGCAAAAGCAAAUUAAUUCUUUAUUUUAUAGAAAGAAUUAGAAAGAGAUUUAAAAUAGAUAGUAAAGCUAAAUAAUUUUAGUAUUUAUUUGAUUAAGAAAGCAAUUCAAAAGAUUAUAAUUGUACAUAUUAUAAACUUAUAUAGAGGGACUUUGUUGCCUUCUUCAUGGCUAUUAUAAAGUUGGAAUUUGA